ACACGCCGCCCCUCAUUGGCUUUUUUAUUUUAUUUCCCCCCUUCCUUAUGUGGAGGACUAAUAUUCCUCCCCUUUCCCCUGCCGCCUGGCCCUUUAAGGAGGCCCCUUUAAUUCCUUUCUCUGGCUUUUGCCUCCUUGUUUGGCCAUUCGGGGCCCACCCCUUCUCCUCCAAGAGAGGGGGAGCAAGGCUGCAAGUGUCUCAGCCUCCUGCCCUCCUGGGCCUGCCUCUUCCGUGUCUUCCUUCCCUCUCCACGCACAGCCUGACCCUCUUCUCCCUCCUGUGAGGACUGAUGGCAUCUGGCGUUGAGCUUCUUCGCUUCCAGCUCCCCGGCCACGAGGCGGCCACCCUUCGCAACAUGAACCAGCUCCGCUCGGAGGAGCGCUUCUGCGAUGUCACCAUCGUGGCCGACAGCCUCAAGUUCCGCGGCCACAAGGUCAUCCUGGCUGCCUGCUCCCCUUUCCUGAGGGACCAGUUCCUCCUCAACCCUUCCUCCGAGCUCCAGGUGUCCCUUAUGCACAGCGCCAAGAUCGUGGCUGACCUGCUCCUCUCCUGCUACACCGGCGCCCUGGAGUUUGCCGUCAGAGACAUCGUCAACUACCUGACAGCCGCCAGCUACCUGCAGAUGGAGCACGUGGUGGAGAAGUGCCGGAAUGCCCUGUCUCAGUUCAUCGAGCCCAAAAUCAGCCUCAAGGAAGACUCAGCAAAGUACGGAGGCCACCGAAGGUCGAAGUCCCCUAGCGUAGUGGGCUGCUCCACCUCGUCCCGCAAAGAACACUCACGCAAGAGGUCCAUGCCGCGGCCCAUCAAGCUGGAGUUCCCGAUGGAGGAAGAUCUGGAGAUGAAGGCGGAGGACGAGGACGAGGAGCAGGACGACGACUACGGGGACGACGACGCCGUCUCCGACAUCUGCAUCGUGAAAGUGGAGUCCGCCCUGGAGGUGGCGCAGCGGCAGAAGAAGCAGCAGCAGGCAGGCACCACGUGGAACAAAGAUAUGUCCCCGCAGCAGAGCUGGAGCAAAGAACCUUCCCCCCAGCAAGCUUGGGGCAAAGAGUCUUCUCCGCCACCCGGCUGGAACGAGGACGUGUCCGGAGACCAGGAAGAACCUCAGGUCAACUCGACGGUGGCGGAGGCCAUGGGCUCCCCUCCGGAGUCGACGCCAGAGAAGUCCCAGCAGGGGGUGGUGAAGGCUUCCUACAGCCUCUCGGAGGACGCUGAGGGCGAAGGCCUUCUGAUCAUCCCCGGCGGAGGCUACUUGGAGGAGACCAGCGAGGCGGCGGCUGUUGCGGCAGAAUGCCAGAGCAGCGGCGGAGGGAUGGGGCUGGUGCUGGCUGGACUGAGCGGGCGCCCUUUCUCCACCUUCCCUUCGGCAGGGAGAGGCGGCGGCUCAGGGACGCCGGGGGGAGGCGGUGGCGGCUCGCGGAUAAUCCGCUGCACCAAGUGCGAGGAGGUGUUCCAGGGGGUGGAGAAGCUGGUCUUCCACAUGCGGGCGCACCACUUCAUCUUCAUGUGCCCCCGCUGCGGCAAGCAGUUCAACCACAGCAGCAACCUCAACCGGCACAUGAACGUCCACCGCGGCGUCAAGUCGCACUCGUGCACCAUCUGCGGCAAGUGCUUCACCCAGAAGUCCACGCUGCACGACCACAUGAACCUCCACAGCGGCGAGAGGCCGUACCGCUGCUCCUACUGCGACGUCCGCUUCGCGCACAAGCCCGCCAUACGGCGCCACCUCAAGGAGCAGCACGGGAAGACCACGGCCGAGAACGUCAUGGAGGCCAGCGUGACCGAGAUCAACGUCCUCAUUCGCUGAGGGAGGAGGAGGAGGAGGAAGAGGCGGAGUCACGGCAGCAGGAAGUGGAAAGGGAGGGGACUCCUGAGCUCCAAGGGAGGGAAGCGGGGGUGUAGUGGUUAGAAUGUGGGGGCUACGAGCCAGGAACCCCUUGAGGGUUGUUUUUUUUGCGGGGUAGGGACUAGGUUUAGUGUCUUAGUUUGCUAGAGGGAUGGAUUUCCUGGAUUAUUUGGAAGGGAACGAGGGUGGGCAGGGAUAGAGGAAUUAGAGAAGCGUAAAUGUUGCU